UUCAGGGUUAGCACACAAUUACUGGGUUACAAGCAUCUCAUCAGCCUCAUCUGUGCUCAUACUCCCGUGACAGAGGCUAUUACUUUACUGUAUCCUGUUGUGUUACCUGUGAUGCGCACUCAGGCUGGGAAGGAGGUGCACUGUGCAGCGUUGUGUGCGUGUGCGUGUGAGGGAGACUGAAGCAGCGUGAACGUGCCAAUCUGAACUCCGCACUCCUGUCUGUCAGUCUUUUUUUUUUCUUUUCUUUUUGCAAAUCUCUCACGCCGUCCCGGUCCCCUUCGUUUUCCCCAGCCGCAUGUUCAUUCCACCGCCGAGCCGGAUCAGAGUUCUCGUCUAGCCGACACAACCGCUGGAGUUCACUGGACGGUGCCAGCAUGCGGUGCCACAAGUUUUGGAAACCGUGUUCGCUUGGAUUUUAUAUUUGGAUCGCAAUGCUUUUCAGAGGGUCCUUGCAGGGCGAGUACCAGAGAAGACUGUACAAGGAGCUGCUGGCUAACUACAAUCGAUUAGAGAGACCUGUGGUCAAUGACUCAGCUCCCAUCCUGGUGGAGCUGGGCCUCACACUUCUGCAGAUCAUAGAUGUGGACGAGAAGAACCAAGUGCUGAUAACGAAUGCCUGGCUGCAGCUGUACUGGACAGACAUCUACCUGACCUGGAAUCCAGAAAACUAUCCCGGUGUCCAAAACCUGCGAUUUCCUUCAGACCAGGUCUGGACGCCUGACAUCCUUCUUUACAACAGUGCGGAUGAAAGGUUUGAUGCCACGUUUCACACCAACGUGCUGGUGAAUGCGUCGGGUAACUGCCAGUAUAUUCCCCCUGGCAUCUUGAAAAGCACCUGUUACAUCGACGUGCGUUGGUUUCCCUUCGAUGUGCAGAAGUGCGAUUUGAAGUUUGGCUCAUGGACACACAACGGCUGGCUUCUGGACCUCCAGAUGCUCGAUGUGGACACAUCCACUUAUAUACCAAAUGGAGAGUGGGAUCUUGUGGGUGUGCCAGCCAAGCGUAAUGAGUUGUACUAUGAGUGCUGUAAGGAGCCCUACCCUGAUGUGACGUUUACAGUCACCAUGCGCCGCAGGACUUUGUAUUAUGGACUAAAUCUGCUCAUCCCCUGUGUGCUGAUCUCUGGCUUGGCCCUGCUGGUCUUCCUUUUACCUGCAGACUCAGGAGAAAAGAUUUCUCUGGGCAUCACUGUGCUCCUUUCGCUAACUGUCUUCAUGCUUCUGGUAGCUGAGAUCAUGCCUGCAACGUCAGACUCUGUCCCCCUCAUUGCUCAGUACUUUGCCAGCACCAUGAUGAUUGUGGGAAUGUCUGUGGUGGUUACAGUUAUAGUCUUACAAUUUCACCACCAUGACCCUCACGGCGGGAAGAUGCCUAAGUGGAUCCGUGUGGUUCUGUUAAAUUGGUGUGCCUGGUUUCUCCGUAUGAAACAACCUGGCGAUGAGCGCAAGCGGCCGGGUUACAAAUAUCGUCACACCUCCCACCACCACUCCAGCACCAGCUCCAUAGAGAUGGGAACAGUACCAAGCCUUACUGUGCCGAUGUCACAGACGUCCUGCCCACCCUCAGGCACCUCCAAUGGUUCCAUGAGUCUCUACUUUGGCAGUUACCAUCCUAUAGAAAGCCCACACUGUCCACCUUCUAGUGACUCUGGGGUAACGCUUGGGGGACGUGCCCACAGCUCCCCCAGUGAUGAGGCAGAGCCACAUGUCAGCAGUGGUGUUGUAGGCCUGGGGAUGGGAGUGGGCCUCCCCCCACCAGAGAUCCAGCGUAUUUUGGAGGAGGUGUCGUACAUAGCUCAGAGGUUCCGGGACCAGGAUGAGGCUGAGGCGAUCUGCAGUGAGUGGAAGUUUGCAGCCGCAGUAGUGGACCGGCUGUGUCUAGUGGCGUUUUCUCUCUUCUCAAUCAUUUGUACCUUCACAAUCCUGUUGUCUGCACCCAACUUCAUAGAGGCUGUUUCUAAAGACUUCACAUAACUGGUUACAACAGGAGAGAAGGAAUGAAGAAGGUGUAACAGGGAGAGAGAGAGUGUAAGAGUGAGGACAGUGGAGAGGGCAUAAAUGUACGUGGUCCCAAACCAACCAAAUCUACUGAAUAGGAGGCGAGCUUCAAAAUGUGGUGCAAAUAAAUGCAAAAGCACCUGCAUCAUGCUACAUCAUAAAGGUCAGGAAAAAUUCUUUUUAUUCUUUCUGUCUUGAUAUAAGAAAUAGAUUGAUAGAUUUUCUUUAAAAGGAAAAAAAUAUAACCAAAUAAACAAACAAAAAAACUCAGAACACAGAAAAGCAGUGAGAAAGCAGAGGACAGCAUUGCAUAUGUU